UAUUCAAAUCUCCAGGUUGGGUGAGUCUCUGCCCACUGUAGCCUCCGAAUCCUGUUGAGGGAUGAUGAGAGAGAAAUAACUGAUGUGGUCUUCUGUUGAUGUGAAAGACUCAAGGGUCGGGCAUCUUGCGCAUACUGUGUGUGUGUGUGGGAGAGAGAGAGAGAGAGAGAGAGAGAUGGAUGCUGAUGAUAGCUAUUAUGUUUCUCUGGAGAGUUUAUUAACGGCUUGUGUAUCUCACUGAUUAUGAAUAAGAAUGAUCAUUCUCUACAAAACACUCCACAUAACUGGAUCCGGGAACGCGCACCGCAGCUCCAUAAUCAGCGGGAGCGCGCACCUCUCUCUGUCUAUGUCUCUUUGUGAGACACUUACUUUUAGGUCAGAAUCAGGUUUAAAGUUUUAGACAAGACUUCUUAUGCUCAGGAGUGAAUAGAGUUUGAGCGUGUGUGGGUGUGUGUGUGUGUGUGUGUGAGAGAGAGAGAGAGAGAGAGAGAGAGAGAGAGAGACUUUCUGGAGCCGAAAUGAGCACAUAACCAGCAUCAGCGCGCAUCGAGAGUCAUUUGGGAAGUGCGCACGGAGAGUGUGUGAGUGUGUACGUCUGCGUGCUUCAUGCAGUGUUUGUGGGACAUAAUGGACCUUAUGGACCUGAAGGAAGGGAUGAACCGGACUGGUGCGAGUGACCACACCGCCGGAUGGUGUGAGAACGGAACGGCGGAGGCGGCGGCAUCGGGAAAGCUGGCGCUCGGCAUCGGUGCAGACAACGUAGUCGCCCUGCUAGCCUUCGCGCUCAUCUUCGCGCUGGGCGUCCUGGGUAACUCGGUGGUGAUCGCGGUGCUGGCGCGCAGACGUCCCGGAGCGCCGCGCGGCACCACUAACAUCUUCAUCCUGAACCUGAGCGUGGCUGACCUGUCCUACCUGCUCUUCUGCGUGCCCUUCCAGGCCACCGUGUACGUGCUGCCCACCUGGGUGCUUGGCGCGUUUCUCUGCAAGUUUACGCACUACUUCUUCACCGUCUCUAUGCUCGUGAGCAUAUUCACGCUCUCCGCCAUGUCCGUGGAUCGCUACGUUGCCAUUGUGCACUCGCGCAGGUGCUCCGGGGUGCGCGUGGCUCGACACGCCGUGCGCGCCAUCGCAGUGAUCUGGGCGCUGUCGCUGGCCAUGGCGGCUCCCGUGGCGCACUACCAGAACAUCAUCAAGCGCGAGGAGAACGCCACGUACUGCUGGGAGCUGUGGCCGAGCGCGCGGGACCGGAAGAUCUAUGUGGUGUGCACCUUCGUGUUCGGAUACGUUCUGCCGCUGGUGCUCAUCUGCUUCUGCUACGCCAGCGUUUUAAAUCACUUACACAAAAAACUGAAGAACAUGUCCAAAAAAUCAGAGGCAUCUAAGAGGAAGACGGCACAGACGGUGUUGGUAGUCGUGGUGGUCUUCUGCCUCUCCUGGCUCCCUCAUCAUAUCGUCCAUCUGUGGGUGGAGUUCGGCUCGUUCCCUCUGAACCAAGCAUCUUUUAUGUUCCGCGUCAUCGCUCACUGCCUGGCCUACAGCAACUCCUCUGUCAACCCCAUCAUCUAUGCUUUCCUCUCCGAAAAUUUCCGGAAGGCGUACAAGCAAGUGUUCAAGUGCCAGAGCAACGGGGGAUCUCCGUCCAACGAAGUCAAGGGAGUACGCAGCAAAGCCGAGACGCCACCCAUCACCAACUGUACCAGCGUCUAAUAGAUACACACGGCAUUUUUCGAAAUGAAAAAAGCCUCUCUCUUUCUGAACAUAAUAAAGCCUGACCCGUGUUAAGGACCAUGUAAGACAGUUACUCUCUGUAUAUAAAGCCUCCUUUAAGCAGUGUGUACAGUAUUCAAUCUUUGCCCUGAUUCUCCUUUCUGUCCUCACGUGAUGUGGUUUCCAUGUCAAUAUCCAGCUUGUAAAAACAGCCACUUAUGAGCAUGAGAGGAAACUCUCGGUGGAUGAGUCAGGAACAAAUAGAAGGACAGUGAGCAUUGCGAAAGGCACUUUGUACAGAAAAUGAGAACGCCGAUGCUGAUCUGAAGAUCUGAAGCUCUGCCUUUAUGAUCUGUGUUGGAGAUCCCUUCUGCUCUGAGGAAAUAUAAUUUUAUGCAGUAGAGCAAUUAGGGCGCUUUUUGAGGUUCAAGCCUUGUCAUGAACAUCUGCCACUGGCAGCUCUUACUCCUACUCUCUAUCUUCAGUAUGUCCAGGAUUUCCAAAAAGGAUGGAUGAACACCUCUUUAUCUCUCUAAACACUUUAUUUAUCUCCUCACAGACCUUGAUGAGGUUCAGAUGACCAGACAAGGCUGGACUCUUAAACACAAUGUACUGCCUAGCCUUACACUAAGGAUAUAGAGUUUAAUAAUCCAUAAAACGGAGAAAACCUCAAAUGAAAUAAAUCAACAUGUGUGUAUAGUAAGUUCUUAAAAAGAAGCUAUAAUGACUCAUGUUCUCUAAUAAUCUUCAUAUUAGCUUUAUAUUCAGCAUGUCUGGUCACCUCCCAACCUCUAUAUGAAUUUGAUCUGAAAGUGAAUGGAGCUAAUCUUGGAUAAAUCUACACAAGUUGUUGUUUCCUGUCCCCUCUCACAUGUUAUUGUCACACUGUAUUGAUCACAUCCACUGUACUUUUCAUCCAAACAGUCAGCAUGUCCAGUCUUUCCACCUUGAGAUGCUCUGCCAUGUCUCCAACAGGCCUAUAGAGACAAGUGGACAGAUGGAUGGACACCACUUUCUCUCGCCAACCUCUUUAUUUAUCUCUUCAUAGAGCUUCAUCAAAUACGCACGUGAAAGGUUUCACCCCAGUGAAAAGCUACAAUUCAUUUACAUUCAGAAGCAAACUAGUGUGUAAAGGCUAAACACAGAAGCUAAUCAGUGGCCUAGGAAAAAAACCUAGCAAAAGCUAACUACCGAGUAAAAGCUAACCUUACAAGAAAAGCCUAUAUAUCCUGAAAUGAGGUGGAUUUUAGACUGAUCUCUGAAAGUUUGCUGUAAAAUAAGAGCGCUGCAUCGCUGUCUGUGUUUACUUUCACGAUAUGUCUAGCAUGUUUACUCUGUACCUUACACUGCAUAUGCUAGGAUCCAGUGCUGUAAAUAUUAGCUUUAAGGCAAAGAGCCUUUUGUUUCAUGUGUGUAUGUGUGGAUUGUGCCUUUAUUUAUGUCCUUAUGCCAUUGUUGUAUAUUUAGUGAGAGGAAAUUAGUGAGGUGUGUGCCUCUUUUCAUGGAGUACCUCAUGUGUGUGUGUGUGUGUGUGUGUAUUCAGCCACUCAGCUACUGUAAUGAUACUUAAGCUGCUUUUUUCUGCUCAGUACCAUGUGUUUAACCUGAAACUGAGGCACACACCUGAAUAUUAAAAUUGUAAAUUGAA